CGCUCAUCUCGAGACCGCAUGUGAACACGUUGACACGAAUAGUCUUUGUCUAUGUCAUACUUGGUCGCCUCAACACGCAUAUCAGAGUUCUAGACAGUAGCUCAGCAUCAUGGACCAUCUUUCAGAACUGGCCACUGCGGCGAUCGAGUUCGCCAGGCAUCGCCCAGUCCUGACGAUCAUCGGGAUCAUCAUCACUUCGCUGGCCUCUCUCUGGUUCUAUUACUGGCCAUGGGCGGAGUGGACCCUGUCAUUCCGAAAUGUGCCAGGUCCGCCUUCUGACAACUGGCUAUUCGGUAACCUACGUGCGAUCAUCAAAGCCGGACCGAUGGAGCUGCACAGGGAGUGGGCAAAGGAAUAUGGCCCAACCUAUCGAUACAGAAUCAUCUUUGCCCAGCAUCGAUUCUAUACUCUCGAUCCUAAAGCUAUCGCGCAUGUCCUGUCUCAUCCAGAUACAUUCCCUAAGCCUGAUCGGGCGAGGCAACAGCUGGCCAAGACACUUGGAAAUGGACUGCUCACUGCGGAAGGAGCGGAUCACAGACGGCAGCGAAAGGCUUUAAACCCUUCAUUCUCUCCUCUAGCCGUGAAGAACAUGCAAGACAUCUUUUUCGACAAGGCGUACGAGCUCCGAGAGAAGCUGGUCGACAUCAUCGCCGAUGAUACAAUCCAGGCUUCACCCACGCCUGCCAAACCGGAAGAUACAGUCAGUGGAGGUAAGAAGAUCGACGUGGCGAAGUACCUUGGCCAAACCACUCUCGACGUUAUCGGCCUCGCGGGAUUCAACUACGACUUCCAGUCUCUAAGUCAAAAGGACAAUGAACUCGCAGAGGCAUACAGAUCCAUGUUUGCGGCAUCGUCGCAGCUCACACUCAUGCUCUUCCUCGCGGCGUUCGUGCCAGGUUUCGAUAAAAUCCCAACGAAGCAGCAGAGAACGGUCAGGGCCAGUCAGGAGGUCACGAGGAGGAUCGGAAACAGACUUUUGGAGGAGAAGAAGCGGGCCGUGAAGGCGGCCUACAGCGACGGCUUUGAGAAAGGCUCAGAUAUUGGCAAGGACCUGUUGUCAAUCUUAGUCAAGGCGAACAUGGCGUCCGACGUUCCACCAGACCAGCGCAUGUCGGAUGACGAGGUUCUCGCUCAAAUCACCACCUUCAUGCUCGCCGGCAACGAGACGUCCAGUACAUCCUUGACUUGGAUACUGUAUCUGCUCUGCCAACAUCCAGAGAUUCAAACCAAGCUCCGGGAGGAGCUCGCCGCCGUUGAAUCUGAGCGACCAUCACAUGAGGAGAUCGCGGCGUUGCCGUACCUUGAUGCGGUCGUCCGAGAAGGUCUCAGACUCUUACCCCCGGCCACGUCCACUAUUCGUGAGGCGAAGCAGACCACUGUUGUCCCUCUUGGCACCCCAAUCAGAGGACGCGAUGGUAAGAUGAUGGACACAGUCACGCUGCAAGCGGGCACGACUGUCUUUCUGCCCAUCAUGCCCGUCAACACCUCUCAGGAUCGUUGGGGGUCAGAUGCGGAGGAUUUCAAUCCUGAUCGCUUCCUCUCACCACCGCCCGAAUCCACGAAAGAAGUUCCAGGUGUCUGGGGCAAUAUGUUGACUUUCCUGGGUGGCACACGCAGCUGCAUUGGCUACCGAUUUGCGUUAGCGGAAAUGAAGGCUAUCUUGUUUGUACUGAUGAGAAACUUCGAGUUCGAGGAGUUGAAAAGCAAACCCCAGAUUGAGAAGCGGUCUGCGUGCGUGUCCCUCUCUUUUCACGGAGCUGACGGAGUUAUUAGGAUCGUGAUGCGGUCCAAGGUUGUGGGAGAAGAGACUCAAGGAUACCAGAUGCCGCUCAUGGUGAAGCCCAUCUCAGCCUAGUUGAAAACAAGAGU